AUGACGCUACACGGAAGCACUAGCCAGGUUCUGUCGUUCUCGGGUUUAUUAAAAGGUUGUACAGUUAAAUAGCGGUAAAAAUUUCCUGAGAAGCUGACUUCAGUUGGUACAAAGAGUCGAUAUGGGUGUGUCAGAAGUGGAGGAAUCUUUUCUGUUACUGGACGAAAAGCUGCUUCGGUUCAUGGAGCAGCUGGAGUUAUUGGAGGAGAAGCGAGCCACUUUCAACUCUCUGAUAGAGCAGGGGUGGUUUUCCAUGAGCAAGGCACGAUAUACGAUGGGAAAUAAACAAGUCUCUGCACUCCAGUAUGCAAGUGAGCUUAAGCCCCUGGUCUGUGUUCAUACCAGGAUGCUGGACAAUGGUGAGGUGGAUUUCAGCACUGAAAGAUUUACACAAACAUGUAGUAAAGAGUCUGGGAAAGAUCAGAAAGCUAUAGAGGAUAUAGGACCUCAAGAAGAAGGUGUCAGGAGAAGAAACAGACCAAAAAAAGGUAUCGCAGAAAAAGAGGAAAGUGAGAGCACCAGCAGCGAGAAACCUCCAGCUGCAAAACGUGACCAGAAUCCUCAUCAAGAUCCACUGAAGUGGUUUGGAGUUUUGGUGCCACAGUCUUUAAAACAUGCACAGUCAUCUUUCAAGCAAGUAAUAGAACUGUCUGCUCAGAUCGCAGCACUCCAGACUGCAGUUUUGAGCGCCAGACAGGAGCUGAAGCACAGCUUGCAAAACAAACACAUUCCAGGCGAAAGGCUCAGCAGCUCAGCUGGACAGGGUAGCAGACUUGAUGCAUCUGCUGAGUCAAAGCAAGAGGGGGCUGAGAAAGAGCUUCCAGCCACAGACAGUCAGUAGAUUAUGCUUCAGGGGCUCAUGAACUAAAAAGAGAUCCUCCUGGUAGAACUAGAAGAGCAGAUCACAGCAGUUCAAGUUCCUUCUGCAGAAAUUAUUGGUAAUUUAUUAUGUUUGAUCUUCUUUUCCUUUUAAUUGCAAUGGAUGUGUUUGUGAAAAUGGUCUUAUUACACAUGUUGUAAAAUCUUGAAUGUUAACAGAACCUGUUUAAAUGUUUUGAAUAAAUGGCCAGCACUGCUUUCUCAUAA